GUAAAAAGUAGGGGCAGGGAUGAGACACUUGACGGAGUAAUCCACUUAUGAGUGUUUCUUCUUCUUCGUCUUCGUCGUCUUCUUCUUCUUCUUCUCUCUCCUCCUUUUCUGCAUCUAGAGAGAGACAAAGCGGCAUAUACAAAAGGAACUUGCUCUCCUCCCCUUCUCGUACGUGGAAAAAGCCAACUCCAUGCUCUUGGCCCCCAACCAUACUUCAAGCCUCUCUUAGAUUCAUUCUCCUAAAGGAUAACCCAUUGCCAACGAAGCUCCGAUCUGCAUCUUCUUCCCCUCUAUGAUCGCCUCCGGCACCGACAUCGCCCGCUCCUUCGGCGUCGGCGGCGGCUUCGUCUCCCGGAUGAUGGCGGGGGCACGGCCGAAUGCAGCCGUCGCGGUCACGGCCUUGGCGGGCCUCGCUGUGGUCGUCGUUCUCUUCUACUCUGCCAGUAGGUAAAACCCAUAGCAAUCUUUUCUUCCCACAAUUUCACAUUCAUCUCUAAGGGGCCACAAAGAAGGGGUUCAUUCGCUAGUAAAGAGGGGAAUUUACCCAACCCCAAUUCCUUUAUGCCCACUAGUCAAUUUUCCAUAGAUGAGAGCUCUUAAACAAACUCCAACUCCAUCGUCUCCGGAUCCGAAUUCCAAUUCUCCUCCUCCUUCAUCUUCCUUGUCGUCAGCCUCGUCGUCAUGGGUUCAUUUGCGUUCGGUUCUAUUCGUUGUUACUUCUUCUUCACCGGCUUCUUCUUCCUCCUCUGAUCGGGGACGCCUUAAAUCGCCUUGGUCACGCAAGAAAAGAAAGCACGCACUUUCACCGCAACAAUGGAGGGGUUUGUAUACGCCAGAUGGGAAACUUCGAGAUGGCGGCCUUAAGUUUUUAAAAAAAGUUCGGAGUGGAGGAGUAGAUCCAAGUAUUAGAGCAGAGGUCUGGCCAUUCCUUCUUGGAGUCUAUGACUUGACCAGUUCUGAAGAAGAAAGAGAUGCUGUAAGAGUACAGAAGAGGAAAGAAUAUGAAAGGCUUCGCAAACAAUGCCGAUCUUUACUGAAGUUUGGGGAUGAGAGUAUGAAGUUGAAUGAUGAUGAUAUGAACUGCCACAAGGAGGGGGGCAUUCAGCAUGCUGCUCAUGGUGAUGACUCUUCAAUGAACUGCAACAAGGAGGGGGACAAUCAGCAUGUUGCUCGUGGUGAUGACUCUUCAAUGAACUGCAACAAGGAGGGGGACAAUCAGCAUGUUGCUCAUGGUGAUGACUCUCCUAGUUUGGGAGAUGUGAUAAGUGCUAGAGAAUCAAUUUCUAGUGAUGAAAGGGGUUUAAACUCGGGGGUUUUGUUGGAAGAGGAUGACAGUUCUAGAGGGAUGACAAAUGCUGAUGCUUCUGUUCUAAAUACUGAAUCAUCCGACUCAGAUUCGUCUGGGGAUCCUGAAGUUAGUCAUACAUUCCCUUCCUCUGAUGGUAGAGAAGAUAAUGAUCCUGAUUUCACCUCCAAAAAUUUGUCUCCCUUGGUUGAGGUUACAUCCAAAUUUCGCAGUAAUGAAGACUUUACAACAUGGCAGCGGAUCAUCCGUCUUGAUGCAGUACGUGCAAAUGCAGAAUGGAUAGCAUAUGCACCAUCCCAAGCAGCAGUAUCGGAUGAUAAGGCUAGGCAUUUGGCUGAGGUUGUUGGUUUGAAAGAUUACGAUCACCUAGAGCCAUCCAGGAUCUUUCAUGCUUCUAGGUUGGUCACCAUUCUUGAAGCAUAUGCUCUUUAUGAUCCUGAAAUUGGGUAUUGCCAAGGAAUGAGUGAUCUGCUUUCUCCUAUAAUUACCGUGAUAACUGAAGAUCAUGAGGCAUUCUGGUGCUUUGUAGGGUUCAUGCGGAAAGCUCGGCAUAAUUUUAGGCUUGAUGAGGUUGGGAUUCGAAAGCAACUGAACAUUGUAUCUAGGAUCAUCAGGUUCAAGGACUCCCACCUUUACAGACACCUGCAAAAUCUCGAAGCGGAGGAUUGCUUUUUUGUUUAUAGGAUGGUUGUGGUACUCUUUAGAAGGGAAUUAACUUUUGAACAGACACUGUGCCUAUGGGAGGUGAUGUGGGCUGAUCAGGCAGCUAUUAGAGCUGGUGUAGGUAAAUCAUCUUGGAGCAGGAUUAGGCAACGAGCCCCACCCACGGAGGAUCUGCUGCUCUACGCAAUUGCUGCCUCGGUAUUGCAGAAGAGAAAGUUGAUUAUAGAGAAAUACAACAGCAUGGACGAAAUAAUAAGGGAGUGUAACAGUAUGGCCGGGCAACUUGAUGUAUGGAAACUAUUGGACGGUGCUCAUGAUUUGGUGGUGACCCUCCAUGAGAAGAUAGAAACCUCGAUUUAACGAGUAAAUGCCCAAUUGUUGGGUUGUUAGUUUACGUGCCAUUCUUCCUGGACCCGUAUCUAGGCUUCUGCUCGGAGAAAGUGCAGCUCUCUUGGCUCUUAUUCAAGGGGGUAGCCAGAUGUUUCUUUUGCUCACAUUCUUGUAGCUCACUCAAGCUCACUCAAGUUGUAGUGACGGAUUUUAAUGAUGAAUCACUAUAAUUUGCAUAACAUUGCAUCCUCACCUUGAUCUGUUUCAGAGUGGCUGCAUAAUAGCUGAAAAUGGGAGUAGCCUAUCGACAAGCACGAGAAUGAAUUUUGAAAAAGUAGAAAAUAUUAGGUCAUUGGUGUACGUUUAGCUGGAGUAAUAACUUCUGGUCUACAUUGUUGGGUUGUUUUUUUGUGAACUUGGUUCAUGUAAUCUGUUUCCAGUUAACCAAAGUCUAUAUUCAAGAAUUUUAGUCGAUA